AUGAUACGUCUUAGCAAAACGCAGUGGGUUUUGGCAGCGCAGCACCGGAGCGCGGAGGAGCGCGUGCAUCGUGCAGCCCGCUGCUUUGCCUGGCGGAAGCUGCUUAACGGCGGGUUACAACUGGGGAUCUGGAGGUUAGUUCAAGAAAUCAAAAGAGGCUCAGGGCGAUGUCGUAACGAAGAACUCAAAAGGCUCCAGCACACCUUGGAACAGGUCAAUGAUGGCAAAGAUUUGCUUCAAAGCCAUCAGCUUGCCAUGGAUGAAGAAAAUAAUAUUGAAAAAUAUCCUAUCAACUUACAGCCCUUGGAAUCAAAAGUGAAAAUCAUCCAGCGAGCAUGGCGUGAGUACCAGCAGCGCCAGGACCUGCUGCCCCACGAGCAGCUGGAGAAGCGCAGUCCCUCCCCGCCGUCCCUCUCCUCGGACAAGAUGAGCAGGUCCAUCAGCAUGAACACCUUUUCCGACAGCAGCACACCCGUGA